AUGGCAAGUAUGGUGGCAGGAGCGCAAGGAAACCUCCCCACCCUGCUGACAACUGGUGCCAUCGCGAAUGAGGAAGCCAGGGGAGGUAAAGCCACACAAGCUCCUCCUCAAGAGAUCAUGGUCACAGAAGAUGAGAAGCGAAUGUGUGCAGAUGUCAAGUCCUCGCAAUGCUACCAGUGCCUAAAUUGUGGGACCACGCUAGCAGGAAGGGCAGCCCAACUGCGACUUCAGCACUUUCACGAAAUUGGUGCGAAAGUUCGCAAGGAUGACAUGGGCUGGCCUUCGGUUCUGCCAUACAUGCUUCGCUAUGACGGCCAUCCUUUCACGGGAGGCACAGCCUCGACUAUGCCGAACAUUGAAAUGUUUCAGCGGGAUAAUAUUUUCUGGUGUGGUUUGGUGGGCGGCUUGUGCUCCAGCAUGUGGAAUGCCCGAAUUUGCUGCAGCGCGCCCUGUGCCUUGCUAGGGGCAAACUGUGCAGCCGACGAGGCACACACCAAGCUUCUCCAGACGUCGCUGGACGAUGCCUUCUUCAAUGAGAUUUUCAACCAGCGUUUCGGUGCUACCAUGCUCAGGGCGCCGCUGCCGGGCGAGGAUACUUUGAAAUUGGAAGCCGGCGCUGUGAUUUGCGAUCUGGCUUCGACUAUGGAAGGUCUCGAGGUGCGACCUGACCACCUUUUUCAGCCUUGCAACGUCCUCUUUCGCCAAGAUCAGGAGCGUGGCCUUCUUGUUGAGGCUGUCGUGGUAAUGCACGAAAACUCAUCCCAGCCAACUGUUUAUGAAAAAAACAGCUCCUCCAAGGAUGAGUGGCUGUGGGCAAAACGGCUGGCCGUGGCGGGUGCGGUGCAACGGCACCAGUAUACAGAGCACCUGGUGAAUGGCCACAUGGUGAUGGAAACUUUUGUUGCUCUUGCCUACAAGCACCUUUCGGCUGAGCAUUACGUGUUCAAACUGCUGGCUCCGGUCUGUGGCGAUGUUGGGUUCGUGAAUCGCACAUGGGGCAUGGAUCUGAUGUUGGUGAAUGAGGGGGCGCCCUAUGGACCAUGCCUUCGACUCAUGUCACCGCAGUCUCUCAUGUCCACCAACGGUGUCCGCGACCAAGUUGCCCAAGCACGCCAGCGGUUUGAGCCUGGGCGUUGGUUCUGGUUUGACGAAGGAGGGUACAUGCAGGGAGGAUGCGGCGUCAAGCAGUCCACAGCUUUUCCCUUGCGAGACACAGCACGUCAGCUCUUUGAGAUCAUGCUCUCGUGGGCCAGCUCAGUCGUGGAAGCUUGCUGGCAGGAGCAGGACGAAGCGCUUGCAUCCUGGUGGCGUGCCAUAUGGUGGAAGCAGAUGAAACCUGCAAAAAGAGAGCUUUCUCAAGCGGCUUUGUCGCACGUGCUCGCGACCUGCAUCUUACAAGCCACCUUCGUGCAUGACUUGGCUCAUGACUCCUGGCUGCCUGAUAAUCACUCGCAGCUCCUGUGGAAACUGAGGAGCAGGGGUACUUCCUUUGACCCCAAGGAAUACCUGCCUUCUGUGGCUGAGCAAACAAGCUACAGGCUGGGGCUCCUGGCUCUGAACACCGGAGCGCUUGAGAGCCCGCUAUUCUGCUACCGAAACGUCUUCAAAGAUGACUGUCUCCAGGACGCUCGGACAGCCUUCGAGGACAGCCUUGUGCGAAUUAUUCUCGCAACGCCGUACCUUACGAAAAUGGGAAGCAUGUCUCACUGA